CAGAGACGACGGCGGGCUGUCGGCGAAGGUUGCCUGUCUGAAGAAAUUGGCUUGAACAAGAAUUUUUUAUAACGGGGUGCACUUUAAUCUCAAUAAUGAAGAAAAGCAGAAGUGUCAUGACAGUAACUGCAGAUGAGAAUGCUCUGGAUUACCUGGAGUGUGGGCUGAGUAAGUCCUACAGUACUUCCAGCCAUGCUCUGGGCAUAGACCUCUGGAGAGGAAGAAGAUGUUGUUCUGGUAAUUUGCAGUUACCACCACUAUCCCAAAGACAAACAGAAAAAGCAAGGACACCUGACAGAGACAUUGUCUGUAGACCAACAACUCUGCCUUUGUUGACACCUCCAAGCAUUGCAAUCACCACUUACCAAGACUGCUUCGAUGUGGAAAAUGGCCCGUCACCAGGUCGCAGCCCGCUGGACCCGCAGGCCAGCUCCUCGUCAGGACUCGUAUUGCACACGACGUUCCCGGGCCACAGCCAGCGCAGGGAGUCGUUCCUGUACAGAUCUGACAGUGACUAUGACUUAUCACCAAAGACGAUGUCCAGGAACUCUUCUCUCCCAAGUGAACAGCAUGGGGACGACCUGAUUGUCACACCUUUCGCCCAGGUGCUGGCAAGCCUACGAAGCGUGAGGAACAACUUCACGCUCCUUACCAAUUUGCACGGCGCCUCCAACAAGAGAUCUCCAGCAACGAGUCAGCCACCUGUCUCCAGAGUUAACCUGCAAGAGGAGCCCUACCAGAAGCUGGCCAUGGAGACGCUGGAGGAGCUCGACUGGUGCCUGGAUCAGCUGGAGACCAUCCAGACCUACCGCUCCGUCAGCGAGAUGGCAUCCAACAAGUUCAAGAGGAUGCUGAACCGGGAGCUGACACACCUCUCCGAGAUGAGCCGCUCCGGCAACCAGGUGUCCGAGUACAUUUCCAACACUUUCCUGGACAAGCAGAAUGAUGUGGAGAUUCCUUCUCCCACCCAGAAAGACAGAGAGAAGAAGAAAAAACAGCAGCUCAUGACACAGAUCAGUGGAGUGAAAAAAUUAAUGCAUAGUUCAAGCUUAAAUAACACCAGCAUUUCACGAUUUGGUGUGAAAACAGAAAAGGAAGACCAUCUGGCCAAGGAACUGGAAGAUCUGAAUAAGUGGGGUCUCAACAUAUUUAAUGUUGCAAGGUAUUCCCACAACAGGCCGCUCACCUGCAUUAUGUACGCUAUCUUUCAGGAGCGAGAUCUACUAAAAACGUUCAAGAUCUCAUCAGACACUUUUGUAACGUACAUGAUGACGCUAGAAGACCACUACCAUUCAGACGUAGCUUACCACAACAGCCUCCAUGCUGCUGAUGUUGCCCAGUCCACGCAUGUUCUGCUCUCGACCCCCGCGCUGGACGCCGUCUUCACUGAUUUGGAAAUCCUUGCUGCAAUUUUUGCAGCUGCAAUUCAUGAUGUGGAUCACCCCGGGGUCUCCAAUCAAUUUCUUAUUAAUACAAAUUCCGAACUAGCCCUGAUGUACAACGACGAAUCUGUCUUGGAGAACCACCAUCUUGCUGUGGGUUUCAAACUGCUUCAAGAGGAGCACUGUGACAUCUUCCAGAACCUGACCAAGAAACAGCGUCAGACGCUCAGGAAGAUGGUGAUCGACAUGGUGUUGGCGACAGAUAUGUCCAAGCAUAUGAGUCUGCUAGCUGAUCUGAAGACUAUGGUGGAAACUAAGAAAGUGACCAGUUCAGGAGUCCUCCUUCUGGACAACUACACGGACAGAAUACAGGUUCUCCGAAAUAUGGUACAUUGUGCGGACUUGAGUAAUCCCACAAAGUCUCUGGAGCUGUACCGGCAGUGGACGGACAGGAUCAUGGAGGAGUUCUUCCAGCAGGGAGACAAAGAGCGAGAAAGAGGAAUGGAAAUCAGUCCAAUGUGCGACAAACACACAGCGUCAGUGGAAAAAUCACAGGUGGGAUUCAUCGACUACAUUGUCCAUCCGCUCUGGGAGACGUGGGCUGACCUGGUGCAGCCCGAUGCCCAGGACAUCCUGGACACGCUGGAGGACAACAGGAACUGGUACCAGAGCAUGAUACCUCAGAGCCCAUCUCCUCCGCUGGAGGAGCGGGGCAGGGACUGUCAGAGCCUGAUGGAGAAGUUCCAGUUUGAACUGACGCUGGAGGAGGAGGAUUCGGAUGGACCGGAGAAGGACGGCGAGAGCAUCGCCUACUUCAGCAAUACAAAGACACUCUGCGUGGCCGACCCAGGGGAAGAGGAUUCACAGAGGGAGGCGAACAUAGAAAUUGUGACAGAAGACACGUCUCCCGUCGACACAUAAUGUCCUGUACCCGUGUGAGUGGAUUUUAAACACUUAAUGAGCGUGCAAGCAGUCUCACGGACUAGCCUGCAGCCUGGGUCUGAGGCCUGUGUCUAACAUUGGCUGAAAGAUCUUCCCAGCUACUUGAGAUUGGAGUCAGGGUUAAAGAUCGUGUAGUGAAUGAUUGCUCAGGAAAUUAACAGGUGAUUUACAUUGUGGCUUAAGCCUUGUCAGCUAAGAGCAUCGCGUUGUCCUGGAGCUGGCUUGAGUCGUGACUGAAGAGUAAAUGACACACAACUGAGAGAUUUUAUACUGUUAGUUUUGGAAUUUAUACCAGUUAGACUGAUAGAAACUACUGAUUAAUAACUCUCCAUAUAAACCUGUCCACCUGACCACCUGUCUGCAGACCUGUGUGCCUUCUUUGUAAACACUUUCAUGUCUUUUCAAGAGUCUAUUAAUUAAAUACACGGAGUUUAGUAUAAAAAGCGACACAAAGUGUUUCAAAAUUGACGGAUACUUUUUUGAUUCUUCCUGUUACAAGAAGCAGUCUUCCUUUUUUCAUGGGCAAUACCUGUCACUUUAUUGCAGUUAAUCACUUUUACAGACGAAACAGAAGGGAAACCCUCUGUUUUGCAUUACUGCACCUUUAAUUGUCUUCUUAACACCCCAGGCGACCCAUUUAAAGUCACUUCAUGCCGUCGUGCACCAUCUCUGUUCGCUUGCUAGGAAUAACAGUAUUUUCUCCUCAACGGGGCUUUAUUUUUGUCGUGCGCAGGAUAGAGGGUAGUUUGUUUCCAUGGCGCAGCGCAGUACAUAUAUAAGUAAGCGUGAUAAGGCAGCGUGUGACGUGCGUUCCCCCUCGGCAGCUCCUUGGCUCAGUGGAAUUUGCACGCUCGGAUAUUUGUGUUUCUCUCGCCUAUCGUUCACGUUUCCUAGGUUUAGGUCCACCGUCCUCCUCCUGCACUGCCUUGAGCUCUAACACCUCCAUUACUGUUUAUAACAGUGUAUUUAUUACGUAAUGUAUAUACUGUAAUGUUUUGUAAGUUAUUAAUUUAUAUGAAUUAACAUUGCCUGUCGGCGGCGAUGUUAAUUGUGUAGAAAACUCGGAAUAAGAGUUGCCUUUUUUUCUUGUAACCUUUUGUAUUGCAUAAAAUACAAGAACCUGAACAUAGCUGAAGAGACAGACGCAACCCAGGAAGGGCAUUUGGGUGGCAGCCGCCCGUGGGGGGUUCGUCUUCACGGCGAGCCGGG